UGACAUUGUCAAUGUUGUUGUUGAGCAGACAUUGAGCGAUUUGUUUUUAUUUUGGACAAAUUUCGUAUUGAAAAUAUAUGUUUUUCAUCCUUGUGAAACGGUUGAUAGGCUAACGAAAAAGAUAAAAUGUCUGAGGAGAUUAAAUUCAAGCCGAAGAAAGUGAAAAAUCUUCGCACCCGACGAAAUUCAUCCGACGAUGACGACGAGAAAAGAGAGGAAGAUGUUUUAGCAAAAUUGGAGGAAACGAAAUUAGCCCAAAAACUUCGAGCUAAACCGCAUGGAGUGAAUGCAGUCGCACUGGCAAUCGGACAAAAAGUUACAGCAGAGGAUUUAGUUUUGAAGAAUGAUCCAUUCAAAAUGAAGAGCGGCGGUAUGAUCAAUAUGAAAAAUAUUAAAUCUGGUAAGGUGCAACAAGUGGACGAUGCAUAUGAUGUUGGUAUUGGCACACAAUUUUCGGCUGAAACCAAUAAACGUGACGAAGACGAAGAGAUGAUGAAGUACAUUGAAGAGCAGCUCAACAAGCGAAAGAAUUCAAAGUUACAAAGUGAAUCCGGUGGUGAUAAUGACAAUGAGACAUACAACGAUGAAAAAUAUUUAUCGCCCGAAGAAGCAGCACUUUUAUCGUUACCUGAACAUCUACGUGUCAGUUCGACACAUCGUUCGGAAGAGAUGUUAUCGAAUCAAAUGCUAAACGGUAUACCUGAAGUCGAUUUGGGUAUCGAGAUUAAGAUUAAAAACAUCGAAGCAACCGAAGCUGCCAAGGAGAAAUUGCUAAGGGAUCAGAAAAAUAAAAAGUCAGCACCAUCUCACUUUGUGCCCAGCAAUAUUGCCGUCAAUUUUAGUCAGCACAAUCGAUUUAAUAUCGAAGAUGCAGAGACAAAGCGUCGCAGACAAAAAAUGCAAGAAGAUCGAGAGCGACAGGGUAAUGGCAAUCAAAAACCAGGCAUUAAACGAGCCACAGACGAUUAUCAUUAUGAUAAAUUCCGAAAACAAUUCCGACGGUAUUAAAUUAAAAGAAAAAAAAAUUUAGGUUUAUGUAUAUAAGCGUGGAUUUGUUUCUAAUGUAAAGAAUUUCAUUUGUACCAAACUGAUUGAUUGUAUGCCAAUGAUGAGAACAGCGGCGAAAAUAAAGGAAAUACUAGAGAUUUGUAUUUUAACAUAAGAAAAUAAAAUAGAUGCAUUUUUGUUCGUAGAAACUGUAUAAAA